AUGGCUAGCAUUCCGGAAUUUCCGAAAUUUGAAGUUUACAGUGAUGAACAGUCUGCAGGUGUAAGAUGGAACAAAUAUGUCGCGAAAUUAGAGAAUUUAUUUGUGGGAAUGAACAUAGACAAAAAUAAAAGAAAAAAGGCAUUGUUAUUACACUACUCCGGAGAUGAAGUAUUUGAAAUAUACGAGACGCUCCACCUUGGAACUACCGACGACAAUUAUACAGAAACAAAAUCUGCGCUUCAUGACUACUUCAUGCCAAAAAAGAAUAAAGAAUUCGAAAGAUUUGAGUUUAGAAAUCUGAAGCAAAAUCAAGGCGAAACAAUAGAUAUGUAUGUAACGAAAUUACGACAGAAAGCGGAACAUUGUGAAUUCAGUGAUAAGGAUGGUGAAAUUAAAAGUCAGAUAAUACAAGGAUGCGUAUCAAAGAAAUUAAGAAUUAAGUGCUUAGAAGAAGAAAAGGAAUUGAAAGACAUCCUAAUUUUAGCAAGAAGUAUGGAAAUGGCGGAAAAACAAGCACACGCAAUGGACAGACAUGACAGUCUUCCGGUAAACAAAAUUAAGAAACAUCCUUCCCAGCGACGAAAGCCUGAAAAUCCUGCUAAUCAGAAAGAAAUACAGAAGUGUAGAAACUGCGGAGGAACUUAUCCACAUGCGCGAAAAUGCCCAGCCCUUGGCGCAAAAUGCAAUUACUGCCAUAAAAGAAACCAUUUCAUUGGGGUAUGUCGUAAACGGCUGAAUUCAAAAGGACAACUACACGAAAUAUCCGAAAAUAACAAUGGCUAUGAAACCAACAGUGAAGACGAAUCUUGUUCUGAAACGGAUGUGGCUUUUGGACUUAGUGUUGUAAAGAAAAUUUCAAACAAAAAAGUGCCAAAAGUAAACUUAAAAGUAAAUGGUGUUGAUGUGACUUUUCUUGUUGACACAGGAAGUAGCUUGAAUAUUCUCGACGAGUCUUUAAUCGACAAAAUGAGACCGAAGCCGAAAAUCCAGAAAACAAAAACAAAAGCAUAUGCAUUCGGUCAAAACAAACCAUUGUCUAUAAAAGGGAAAUACGUAUGUGUCAUAGAAUCGGGUCCUAAAUUCGCAACAACGGAUUUUCAUGUCGUGAACGGUGCAUCGGAAAAUUUGAUAAGUUAUGAAACCGCCGUGGAGCUUGAAAUUGUACCAGUCAUACAGACUAUAUCUAGUAAAAUAGAGAAGUAUUCAGAUUUAUAUGACAAAUACAAACCAGUGUUCAAUGGGCUAGGAAAAUUAAAGGAUAAGCAAAUCAAAUUCCAUAUAAACGAAAGUGUAAUACCUACUGCCCAGCCAGCUAGACGCAUUCCGUUUCACGUCCGUGAUAAAGUUGCACAAGAGCUCGAGAAACUUGAAAAACUUGAUGUAAUUGAAAAAGCCACAGGUGCGACACCCUGGGUCUCGAACUUGGUCGUUGCUCCGAAACCCAAGUCUCCGAAUGAUGUCAGAAUUUGUGUAGAUAUGAGAAAAGCGAAUCUAGCAUUAAAGCGUGAAAGACAUGUCGUGCCUACAGUGGAUGACAUAAUAAUGGAACUAAAUGCUCCACCGUGUUUUCAAAGGUGGACCUUUACAAAGGGUUCCAUCAGCUCGAACUUUCCGAGGAAUCAAGAAACAUGA